AUGCAGACAUUCAAGAGCUUAGUCAAUAUCGUUACGUUGUUGGCGUUCUCCAACGUCCCUUGUUCAGCAACUCCUCUCUAUGCCACUGUCCCGGAAAAUGCAGCUAUCGGAACAAACGUUACAGGAGUGCUGACCACUUCUCAGAUGAAUGAAGACGACGUUCAGUGUGAGAUUGUCGAGGGAGACAGGCACCGCCGGUUCAUGAUAACCGCCUGUAGGAUCACAGUUGCACGGCCGUUAGAUUAUGACGUUAGUCCGAUGUACAACCUCACGGUCAAUGUCAUUUGGUCGGCCGGAGAGGUAGAAGAGCGACGCGUGGAUAUACGCGUCCAGGAUGUGGAAGGAUACCCGCCUGUUUACAACGACACCUGCGAAACGCCGGUUCUGGCUAACGGGAAGUCGCCUGGCAGUCCGGUCUUCGAUGGGGAAGUUACAGAAGACGAACGGGUCUUUGUCGCAAGUUACGAGCUUCAGGCAGUCGCCUGUCCUCCCGGGAAGACGGGUGAAUUGUGCGAAGACGACUGCGACUGUCCAGAAGAAGCCAGUUGUGAACGUGUUGGUGGUGCUUUGUAUGUGGAAGAGGGCUACUCAGGUGAAAAAGAAGAGGGCUUAGAGGAGGCACAGGCUCUACUCGAACUGACUAGUAUCAUGGAAGAAAACUUAGCACAGAGUCUACAACCCGGCUGGCUCAACCGAUGGGAAAGGGAGGCCAAGGAUCUGACUCUAGGUCAGCUGAUCGGGCUCGGUACGUUUGCACAUAUCAGAAAGGGCCAUCUCCGCAUUGACAACGCUGAAGUGACUGUAGCUGUUAAGUCCGUGCGUGGGGAGGAUAAACAGUACUAUCAAGCGUUCUGUCGAGAAGUUGCCGCACUCAUAGCUGUUCACGAAAACCAAGAACACAAUAACGGAGUCUCCAACAUUGUCCGGCUGUUUGGGGUCAUCACGAAGUCCAGGCCAAAGUGUGUUCUCCUGGAAUAUGCCAGUGGUGAUCUUUUGCAACAUCUAAAACGAUUGAAGCAACAAACCGAACGUCGACGCUUGAAUCGCGUUCUUCUCCUCAGCAAUGUUCUGCGCUAUGCUGUCCACAUGUCACGUGCCCUGGAGGAGCUCCGACGCCUUCCUAUCGCUCACGGUGACGUGGCCGCUCGGAACGUUCUCAUCAAUGUAGAUGACGUUGCUAAACUUACCGACUUCGGCCUGGCCCGAGCUGAAGAGCUCCUGCCUCUGAAGUGGAUUGCUCUGGAGUCACUGAAAUGUCGUAAGUUCACGUGCGAGUCCGACACGUGGUCGUUCGGCGUGCUGCUGUGGGAGAUCGCGGCGUUUGGAGAGGAGCCCAACUAUCAGGAGAUGGUCCGGCUCACCUAUCCGAACUUAGUAGAGUUCCUGAGGGUAGGAAAGCGUCUGCCAAAGCCGCCGGGAUGUCCGGACAGGCUGUAUGACGUCAUGAGGUCGUGUUGGCGGGAAGAGCCGUCGGCCAGACCGACACCUGAGGAACUGGAACAGAAACUUACAGAAUGUCGUCAUGAGAUAGAUCUUCAGUUUGGGGAAAAGGAAACCACAGUUUGA